AUGACCAUGCCUUGGGGGCUAGCGGCCUACAUGGUGGACAUGGUGUGGGCGGUGCUCGCCGGGUGGGUGUCGGCAUGCCUGCUGAUCGCCAACGAGAUCGCACGCAGCAUGCGGGCCAGGGAGAUUGGCCCCUUCGUCGUGGGGUGA